AUGGUCCGCUACCACACUACUACAGACAAAAAAGUGAAAUUUCCAGCAUCCAUUAUGGUCUGGGGCAGUAUGUCAUCAAAAGGAGUAGGAAAACUUCAUUUUAAUGAUGGAAAUUCGCUUUUACCAGUGAUAGAAGAAUGUUUGACAUCCGGCCAAGAUUUUGUGUUUCAGCAAGAUGGUGCAGCGUGCCAUACCUCAAAAAGGGCUAUAAAAUGGAUGGAAGAAAAUGAUACAGACAGACGGGGUGCAGGGUGCUGA